AUGGCCGGCGGAAAAGGAAAAUCUUCUGGUGGAAAGUCAUCUGCUGGAGGCAAGGUUGGCGCAGAUGGAAAUAAGAAGCAACAAAGUCAUUCGAGCAAAGCUGGUCUUCAGUUUCCUUGCGGUCGUGUCAAGCGUUUCUUGAAGAACAACACCCAGAACAAAAUGCGCGUGGGAGCGAAAGCAGCAGUUUAUGUUACAGCUGUCUUAGAAUACCUAACUGCUGAGGUACUUGAGCUCGCAGGAAACGCUGCCAAGGAUCUCAAAGUCAAGCGUAUCACACCCCGCCAUCUACAACUUGCCAUUCGCGGUGACGAAGAACUCGAUACACUCAUUCGCGCAACUAUCGCUUUCGGAGGUGUGCUACCACACAUAAACCGCGCGUUACUUUUGAAGGUAGAACAGAAGAAGAAGAAGACUAUCGAGUCCGCAUGA